CGGCCGCGUCGAUUGCCAAUACAUACAUUUCGGUUGAUUAGCAUGGCCAUCAGCUCAGCCACCAGCUUACAGCCAAGUUCGGAUAGAUAGUCUAGGUGCAAAAGUCGUAUCGCGUCUUCAAAUCCACCGGGUUGUGUCACCGUGUAGUCAUCGUCAUUGCAUAGCACACUCGUGAACGUUUGCUGAAUUACACGCGUAUCGCGUUUGCCGAGGCGUUGGUUUGCUCGUUGGCUUUGUAUGGAAAUCGUUGUAUUUGUUGAUAAGCGCACGAAAGGCAAGCACUGUCUAUAUGUAACUGCGGAACUUGGCAUUUGGAAGCUCAUUCAGUGUCGGGCCGGAAACUGUGUCAGACGGUCGCCCGGUUUUAUCCCUUCUAUUCAGAUUAUUAUUCUUUAGCUUUGUUGAUUGAGUGCGGUGAACUUUUGGUAGCCGAAUCAAAAAUGUCUGCAGAAGAGUUGAAACUGGCCGACGAGCUAUUCGACGACGCCAAGUACCAGGAUGCUGUCGACCUUUUGGACAAACUUAGCGAAAAGGACGUAGCGGAAGUGCAGUGGCGUUUUGCGCGGGCAGUGUUCUUCGUGUCGAAGCAAACCAGCAACAACGAUGAAAAGGCAAAGCUUGUAAAGGAAGCCUUCGGGUACGCUCAACGAGCACUCGAGUUGGACGACAAGAACUUUGGAGCCAACAAAUGGUACGGAGCAAUCCUUUCGGAGAAAAGCAAUCUGGACGGAGUGACCGAACGGAUCAAACAGCUUGAAAACGUGAAGAAACAUUUCACCAUAGCCCAGGAAUGCAAUCCAACCGAUCCCGGAAUCUUGCACAUGUUGGGCCAGUUCAACUUCAAGCUCUCGGAAGUGAACUGGGUCACGCGUAAGCUGAUCAAUUCGGUUGCAGCGAACGCACCAACGGCAUCGUUCGAGGAGGCGCUGGAAUGUUUCCAGAAGGCGGAAACACUCAAACCCGGUUUCUACAGCCAGAACCAACUGUAUUUGGGGAAAACCUAUUUGGCGCUGAAGCAGAAAGAUAAGGCCCGUGAGUGGUUGCAGAAAGCUUCGGAGGUCGAAGUUCGCAGCGAAGACGAUCGCGUGUGUCGUGAGGAAGCUAGUGAAGCGUUAAAAAAGCUAUAAUUCUUCUGUUGUUUCGUGCAUUGCCAUAUGAUAAUUUAUGAGAGUAGGAACGGUGUGAUUUCCAUUUAGCGUGCGCCAGUGUGCUUUAAGGCAGCAGUUAAUCAACGCUGCGAGUCAUUGAAUUCUAGUUAUCACACAGCUGAGAGUGAGAGUUUUUGUUUUGUCAUUCUUCAGAACGCUAAUGACUGUUAAUUUCUCGUUGAAUUCUGAGUGUGGACAGAAGCAAACCGGAUCCGUGAGAAUAAUUAUUAUUGGCGCUGAUGGUGCUUUAUCUUUAUCGGUUGUUGCGCUUGAUAGAUGCCAUAGUGAUAAAUACAUGAGUGAUAUUCCCUAGAAGGGCAAA